ACAGAUGUUAACGGGAUGUACACAACGCUGCAGCUUAUAUUUUAUAAAUUAUACAAAACUUUAUAACGUGUGUUAUUUCCCUGUAUUUGUUAACUUGUAACUUUUUUCAUCUUUGUUUGAAUUCAGUUACUGUUUAUUUACAAAAAAGUUGAUUUUAUUUGUAGUAAAAAUUGUGUAUAUACAACAUGACCAGCACGGAAGAAAAGAAAAUAGAAUUUAAAAAGAAAUCGAAAAAACCAAUAAGAAAACGGCAGGUUUCAUCAGAUGAGGAUGACAACGAAAAUGAAGAGUCUGUCAGGGAAAAAGUUGAAGAGAUGAAAGUUAUACAAAAACUUCGUGAACGACCAAAAGGUAUAAAUGUUGUUGGACUAGCUCUUGGAGAAAAUGUAACACCUGAUGUAAUGACGUCAGAUCCUUUUAACGUAAAAACUGGAGGGAUGGUAAACAUGACUGCGUUAAAGAACACCAAAUUAAAGCAAAAUGAUGCGUAUGAAACUGGUAUUGGCACACAAUUUAACGCAGAAACUAACAAGCGAGAUGAAGAUGAAGAGAUGGUGAAAUACAUUGAAGAAGAAUUAUCAAAAAGAAAAAGUAAAACUGAAGGCACAACUGAGAAUGGGCAAAAUAAUGACAAAGGAUCUUAUUGUUCGCCAGAAGAAGCAGCUUUGCAGGCAGUGCCUGAGCAUUUAAGACAAAGCUCUGCACACAGAAGUGAAGAGAUGCUUUCAAAUCAAAUGUUAUCUGGUAUUCCAGAAGUGGAUCUUGGAAUAGAAGCGAAGAUUCGUAAUAUUGAAGCUACAGAGGAAGCUAAAUUAAAAUUGCUUUGGGACAGACACAGAAAAAAGGACGGUCCUUCGCAAUUUGUACCAACAAAUAUGGCUGUGAAUUUUGUGCAACACAAUAGAUUUAAUAUAGAAGAUACAGAUUUCCAAAAAUCAAAACAAGACUCUGACGACAAAAAGAAAGUAAUAGCACCAAGAGAUGAUUACAAAGGAAAAAGAAAAGACAACGGAGAAAAAGCAACUGAUGACUAUCAUUAUGAAAGAUUCAAAAAACAGUUCAGACGAUUUUGAAACUACUUAUAACAGAAAUAAAAAGUUAUAAUGAAGUUUAUUAUUUAUAUUGAA